AUGGGAAACUAUGCAUCAUCAGCAUGUAAUAUCAUGAUCACUCCUAGACUAAAAAACAACAAAUCAGCUAGAGUAAUUUUCCCAACGGGCGAAAUACGACAGUUUCAUGAGUCAGUAAGUGCGGCAGAGAUUAUGCUCGAGUGUCCGAAUUUCUUCUUGGUGAAUUCAGAAUCUUUGAGCAUCAACAGAAGGUUUUCGGCUUUAUCGGCUGAUGAAGAGUUGGAGUCUGGAAAUAUUUACAUCAUGUUUCCAAUGAGAAGGUUGAAUUCCAUGAUUACCCCUGCUGAUUUGACGGUUUUUUGGAUGGCAGCUAAUAAUGUGGCUAAGCGGAUUUCCGUGGGGAUGUCUUUAGAGUCGGAAAAUGAGGACGGGCAGAUGAGGGUGGUGGCGAAUGAUUUGCCGGAGUUUAGUCACAGAUUGGUUGUUUGUAGGUCAAGGAAGCCGUUACUAGACACAAUUAUGGAGGAGCAUAUUAGUUGUAGAUGA